AAGAAAGCAGCAAAACAAGGCAGACCAACCAGGCCAGCAAGAGCAGCAGGAGAGUUCAUCCACAAUUUCCCGUUCAGUCAGUCACGUGCCACGCGCCCCGUGCCCAGACUCACAAUUUCACAAGUAACAAUCGCAGAGACAGAAGCAUAUACAGAGGCAUAUUCCACAGUCUUCUCCGAGUCUCUCUCUCUCUCUCUCUCUCUCUUCCUUAUUAUUUCCAAGGCUCUGUUUGACAAAGAACAAGUCCUACCUUGCUUUCUCUGAAACACCCACCAGCCCAGAACCGAGAACAAGAAGAAGAAGAAGAAGAAGAGUCAAACAAAGCCAGAGGCUUUAGAUCCAUUCGUUCAUUCAAUCAAUCAAUCAUGGCGACCGCUGAUGUUCUCAACAGAGAAGAAGCCCUUUUCCUCUCCUCUCCUAUCCAUGAACCCAGAAAAGGUGAGAGUGUCAAAUCUCGUGGAAUGUCGGUUGAGAAGAAGAUUGAGAUUCUGGAGGGGUUGGCUGGAACGGUUAGCAACCGCCGGUCUCGAAGAUGGUUAAAUGAUCGCCUCUUGAUGGAACUUGUUCCUCGUCUGAAUGCAGAAGAAAUUAGAGGCUUGUUUGCUCCACCACCUUUUGGUGAUGAUGUACCGCUGUCACCAUUUUGCAUGACUAAUGUGCCAGAGUGGGACACAUUUAGGAAUAUAGACAUGGAUAGACAGGUUAAUAUUAUUGAUUCCCUAGAGAGCUCUUGUGAAACCAAGAAGGGCAAUGUUGAUGCUGAUAAAAUGGCUGUCUUGAAUGCAUGGCGUAGGGUGGAUUCUCAAACAAGGGAGGCACUUCGCCGCAGCGUUGUUUCAGACCUUAUUGAGGGAUAUGAGGAGCGCAUACGUGGUUAUUUAACGGAGACUGGAGAAGAAGAUGCAGACUCUCUCAUCCUACGGGUUCAAGACCCUUUUCGUCGUUUACUGCUGCAUGGUGUUUGUGAGUUCUACAACUUGGUAUCGGUGACUGUAACUGAAUCAGAGAAAGGGAAGUCAGCUAAGAUGACCAAGAUAACAAAGAAAAAAAGGUGCUCAUCUGAAGUUCCAAAUAUCACUCUGUCCCAUUUCUUGAAGAUGACCAAACAAGGAGUUUGGUGAUUCCAUUUCCAUUGGGGAGGAGCUCUCAUAUAUAUUAUAACGUAUAAUAAAAGCUGGGCGUCUAGUGCUGCUGCUGCUACUUUGUGUAUUUUCACCAUGUAAAUUAUUAAGUUACUUGGCACCGACCCUUGAUUAUCUCAGGUAAAAAUAGUUGUUCAUCUGUAGGUUUGUACUCUGUAAAGGCUUUGUCCUAAUUUCUCAGUCAACAAAAGAAGUUGAUUGUGUUUGUAGGGCGCAAUGAAUUCAUGAUUUUUACAUUCUUUUCA